AUGUCUUCCGAGUCGCAUCCCCCAGCCGCCCCCUCGCAAUGCCUGGGGCCUGACUACCGCCCGUCGGCCCUCAAGCCAACAGCCACUGUCUCAACUCCCAUCAAGCAGACCAAUGUGCACAUUCUGCCCCAAACCCCCCAGCUGAUAGCAUUGCUCACUAUGAUUCGCGACCGUAACACAGGCCGUGCAGACUUCAUCUUCUACAGCAACCGCAUCAUUCGUCUCCUGGUCGAGGAGGGUCUCAACCACCUGCCCGUGGAAUCUCAGGAGAUCACGACGCCCGUAGGCCGCACCUACUCUGGAGUCAAGUUCCAGGGCAAAAUCUGCGGAGUCUCGAUUAUGCGUGCGGGAGAGUCCAUGGAGCAGGGUCUGCGGGACUGCUGUAGGAGUGUGCGCAUUGGUAAAAUUUUGAUCCAAAGAGACGAGGAGACCAGCAAGCCGAAGCUGUACUACGACAAGCUGCCCGAGGACAUUAGCGACCGAUGGGUGUUGCUGCUGGAUCCCAUGCUUGCCACGGGUGGUUCUGCGCUCAUGGCCAUUGGCGUGCUCAAGUCCAGGGGUGUUCCGGAAGACCACAUCCUCUUCCUCAACCUGAUUGCCAGCCCAGAAGGCGCCCAAAGCCUGGCUGAAAAGUUCCCCAAGGUUCGCGUGGUGACGGCUUUUGUAGACGAAGGUCUGGAUGAGAAGAACUACAUUAUACCUGGAUUGGGCGACUUUGGCGACCGAUUCUACACCAUGUAA